UCAUCCCGGGCCCUGCUGCUUCCACCUCCCAGGACACAGCCAGGUGUGGCCCGGGAUCCCUGGAGGUGCAGGGGGGAGGGCGGCUUCUGUGCUCCCAGGGCACUGGCCCAGCCCAGAGGGGACAGGAAGCCAGGACACCGGGGAUUGUCUCUAGCAGCCGCAGCCCUGCCUGAGCCCGGGAGGAAGUUCUGCCGGGCGCUCUCCGCUGGUGCCUCCCUCGCUGUAUUGUUGAACAGGAAACCGGGCUGCGCGGGAGCUGGGCGGUGGAGGAGGGAGCGCCGGACGCCGAAACCACGCGCGCCUGCCGGGACAAGUGGAGGCGAAGCCAGUGAGCGGACACCCCGAGGGAAACGCCACGGCCGCGAUGGCGGCGGACGUCGAGGGGGACGUGUACGUGUUGGUGGAGCAUCCCUUCGAGUACACGGGCAAGGACGGGCGCCGCGUUGCUAUCCAGCCCAACGAGCGCUACCGGCUGCUGCGCCGCAGCACCGAGCACUGGUGGCACGUCCGGCGCGAGCCCGGCGGCCGCCCCUUCUACCUGCCCGCGCAGUACGUGCGCGAGCUGCCGGCGCUCGGGGACCCCGCCGCCGCCUCGCCGCCUGACUCCGAGAACGUCUACGAGGCCAUCCAGGACGUGCGCGGCCCGCCGCGGGAGGAGCGCGCGCAGCAGGCAUUGGCCACCUGGAGGAAAGAGGUACAGCCCCGGGCCCUGCGGCUGCCUGUGCAGCCAGGCCAGGAGGCCCCGCACCUGAGUAGGCUGCUGGGAUUAGAAGGAGCCCCAGGGCCCCGGUUCCCUGUCCUCUGCCGAGAACUGUGA